AUGUUAUCCUAUAAAUCCUUGUAUGGAAUUGCUAAAUUCAACUAACUCAAAGACUACUAUGCCAUAUUAAAUAUAUCUAAAACUAAUGAUCAACCAACAAUCAAAAAAGCCUACUAUGCAUUAGCUAAGAAAUUUCACCCAGAUGUUAACCAAGGCAAGGAGGAUAAAUUCAAAGAAGUUAAUGAAGCAUAUGAAGUCUUAUCUGAUGAAAAUACCAAAAAAGAAUAUGAUUCUGCGAGAACACCAUAAUCCUAAAAUAAUAAUUAUAGUUCAACCUAUUCAUAGCAAUAAUAUUAAGACUCCAGAAAAUAUUAAUCAACUUCUUAGCAAAGAUAAAGUUAGAAUUAUUAGUAUGCUCAUUGGUUUUAUAUAUGA